UAUAAUGUUGACGUUUAUCGACUUAGUAUUUUGGAUUCUCAUAUUAAUGAGUCUCACUCAUGAGGAGUUAAUUCAAGGAAAAAUAAUUCAAAAUGUAGUGAAUAAAUCAAUAAUCAAAACAAUUAAGGUUGAAACUGAUGAGAUUAUUGAUUGUUAUGAUAUUUAUAGACAACCGAGUCUUAGUCAUCCUUUGCUUUGUAAUCACACAAUACAGAUGGCACCAAGUUCGCAUCCGAAAGGAAUGAAAUCGGAUAAUUUCGGGACAUAUCAACUUACACAAACUUGGCAUAAUUAUGGAAUAUGUCCAGAAGGAACUAUCCCUAUUCGAAGGAAAGUAAAAAACUACGAUCCCACACUUUCGCGUAAACAUAUCCCUCUAAAAUUUUCACCUUAUAAGACUAAUGUGACAUCACAAGACGAUGUUGAUCGCGGCCAUGGUCAUGAGUACACAACCAUUGAGGUGGGGGGAAAUUUUCUAGGAGCACAAGCAAAAAUCAAUCUUUGGCAACCAGUUACUGAAAUAUACGAUGAAAUGAGUACAUCCCAAAUUUGGGUUAAAGCCGGUCCCGACACUAUUGAAACUGGAUGGCAAGUUUCUCGGAAACUACACGGUGACGACUAUACCAGGUUUUUCAUAUCCUGGACGAAUGAUGGAUACAAGAGCUCGGGUUGUUACGACCUCAUUUGUGAUGGUUUUGUGCACAUAUCGUCAAUUAUUGGCCUUGGAUGCAAUUUCACUGAGGUGUCCACCUUCAACGGUAGCCAAAAAGAUGCCACCUUUAGUAUACACAAGGACCAAAGUCGUGGACACUGGUGGGUACAAUUACAAGGUAUUUUUGUUGGUUAUUAUCCAAGUAUUCUCUUCACAGAAUUAUCAAAAAGGGCAACACGAGUAAUUUGGGGUGGAGAAAUCACUAAUUGGAAAAGUAAAGGACGACAUACAUCGACUCAAAUGGGCAGCGGUCAUUUCCCUUCGGAAGGUGGUUUGGAAACAUCGAGUUAUUUUAAUUGGGUUCAAGUAGUUAAUGAAAAUUUUAUGGCCAAGGACCCAGAAAAUAUUGUGAUACAAGUUACGAACCCAGAUUGCUAUGGUUUGAAGAUUGACGACGACAAAUAUGGUACAAAUGGUUACGGUUUUUACUAUGGAGGCCCCGGUUAUAAUGAUAAGUGUCAGUGAUUAAACAUACAUGAUCUAAAAGUGUAUUUCUUGAAAUUUCAACAUCAGGAUUGAUGAAUUUUAUACAUUUGGCCCAACAUUAUUAUUUAUAAACUCUUG